AUGGCUACUCCGGCCGCUUUACCGCCACUGCCGUUCAACCCAUCGAGGGUCCGGUCCUACGUUCUUCGCCUCCCUCUUUUCACUCGGCUUGUGCUCUUAGCGAUCAUCGUGUUCUGGCUGCUCGAACUGCAGACGGUGUGGAGUGUCAAACAAUGGGGCUCGCUGAUACCAGAGGAAAUCAACAUUGGCACCAUGUAUCGACUUAACACAUACCCAUUCAUCCACUUCGGAUUCUUCCAUGCCUUCCUGAAUCUGCUGGCUCUCACUCCAUUGUUGGAGCGGUUUGAGGCCGAGCAUGGCACAUUGACGGCAGUUGCUCUGUUCUUUGGCCCUCUUUCGACAUUCCCGGCGGGCGCGUAUAUUGUGAUCGAGAGAUUUGUCUUGCACAGAAACACCGAAGUGUUUGGUGCUAGUGUUUGGGUCUUCUUGCUCUUGGGGUCUGAAGCCAUAAGAACCUUCAAAUCCAAUCCGUACUUCAGCCUCGGGCCGUACAAGAUACCUACGUGGACCUCCCCCCUGUUUGCCUGUGGCCUGGUCUCGAUUUUUGUCCAGAAUGCGAGUCUUCUGGGCCAUCUCUGCGCCAUUUUCGUGGGUUAUCUGUUCGGUCUCGGGUAUCUGAAAGUUUUCGUCCCCCCUGAGAAGGUCCUGAGAUGGAUUGAAGGGAAGUUGAACCUUCUGGGCAGACUGCCACACUAUGUCUCGGUGGACCAGAAGACGUUUGGUCGGUACGGUGUUCUUCCGACCACGACUGCAGGGGGUGAGAGGGCGACUCCAAUGAGCUACCUGGGCUCCUCGCAGCGUUUGGCCGCAAUCCGCAAACUGCGGAGCAAUCCUCAUUUUCUCUUCGUCCAUCUGCCGCAUAUUCUCUCCUUCAUCUGCAUCGUGGCCGGCGUCGUCUGGCUGCUCCUCCUGCCCCUCAACGACUACUCCCGCCAAACGUACAUCUCCGAAAACGCGCUCUUACCCGGUCAGGUCCACGCAUAUUUCUCCGGCAGUGAACAGCACAUCUUCCGAGGAUACAAGAAGGAGCUAGAGGCGAUCCUGGAGCGCCAGACGCCAAGUGAGGAAGACAGCAGAAACGAGGAAUUCACCCCGGCUGUUUCCGAUAAGAUCCAGUCGAUCUUGCGAGCCGCAGGACUCAAAGUCGCAACGCAGAAGUACGAGUACACUUCGUCGGGGAUCACCCAUCAGGGGCAGAAUGUCUACGCGAUUAUCCAAGCACCGCGGGGUGACGCUACUGAAGCCAUUGUUCUUGUCGCAGCCUGGAAGACUGCCGAUGACGAGCUCAAUCUGAUUGGUGUAAGCCUUGCGCUGACACUGGCGGGAUACUUCAAACGAUGGUCACUAUGGUCGAAGGAUAUCAUCUUCGUGUUCCCACCGGAUAGUAAAUUGGGUACCCAGGCGUGGAUUGACGCUUACCAUGACAUGCAACCGGCAUUUGUGCAGCCGCUGCCAUUGAAGAGCGGCGCGUUGCAGGGAGGCUUGGUCAUUGAGUAUCCCUUCGAUCAUCGGUUCGAGUCACUUCAUAUUCUUUACGAUGGUGUUAACGGGCAGUUGCCCAAUUUGGACCUGUUCAACACGGCUGUAUCGAUCGCUGGGGGCCAGAUGGGUAUUGGUUCCAACCUGCAAGAAAUGUGGGACCACAAUGACAGCUAUGAGAUGCGACUGCAGACGAUUCUGCGAGGCAUGAUCAAGCAGGGCUUCGGCUACGCCACGGGUGCGCACAGCAGUUUUAUGCCAUACCAUAUUGACGCCAUCACGCUGCAGCCCAAAGGCGACGGUUGGCAGGAUGAGAUGGCAUUGGGCCGUACCAUCGAGGGCCUCUGUCGCAGUUUGAACAAUCUCCUGGAGCAUCUCCAUCAGAGCUUCUUCUUCUACCUGCUCAUGCAGACCAACCGCUUCGUCAGCAUCGGCACCUAUCUACCCAGUGCCAUGCUGAUUGCCGGAAACUUCACCAUCAUGGCCAUUGCACUCUGGCUGCGGACGGGAUACUAUACCGGCUUGGAGCAAACUGCCGUCAAGCCUCCAGUAACUGCAGGAGAGACGAACAAGCAAGCGGCUACUUUGACGGAGAAGUCCGGUGCGAACACCGCGCAGCAACCAGCUGUCAAACCCGACUCAAGCAGCAUCAUCGAGCGUCAACUUGCCCUGCCGCUCACCCUCGUCGUCGGCCUCCAUCUCCUCGGUCUCGUCCCUCUUUAUAUUUUCAACAAUGUCAACCACCAGUACUACCCAACCGCAACCUAUGCCAGCAUCGCCAUCAACGCCAUCCUCCCCAUCGUGCUCGCAGCCUCCCUCACCCGCGGCCUGACGACCACUUCGCGGGACCAAUCGCAACAAUCCCUCCUCAUCAAAUCGUUCUCGCUCCUCGUCCUCGGCCUCUUCCUCUCCACGCUCGCCACCCUCAACUUCUCCCUGUCCUUCAUGAUCGGCCUCCUCUGUACCCCGCUCAGCUUCGUCAACCGCAUCGACCCGCGCACCGCCUCCCGCUCCGUGCGGUCCGUGCUCGCCGUCGCCGGCCUCGUCCUCUUGAACCUGCUGUCCCCGCCCGUCGUCCUUCUCGGGGCGUGCUGGUACUCCGGGGUCGACGUGGAGACCGUCCUCACGCAGGCGGCCUUCGGGUGGGACGUCUGGGGCAUGUGGACCCAGGUGGUGGUCUGGUGUGUCUGGUGGCCCGCGUGGGUGACUGGGUGUGCUCUGUUGGGGUUCUCCCUAUUCUAG